AUGGAGAACGGACUGCUGACGAUUCCCCUGGCCCAAGAGGGCGUCCACAAAGCGCUCAGGCUGCUGCUGUACGGAACAGUCAUCGGACCCGCCGCUUCCAUCUCACUCUACUUCGCGGCGCGCGAGGCGCGAUAUGAGAACAUGGCUGGGGCGGGUACGACGAUAGCGUAUGAGGAGGACAUUAGCCGCACGGUCGAGGGACCGGUUCCAUGGGGUGGCCAUGAUAGGGCGGCGUUUCUGUAG